AUAUAUAUAUAUAUAUAUAUAUCUCUGGAAUAAUUAUAAAUCCACGUAAUUUUCUCAAUAAAGCAAAAAAAUAAAAUAAAAUAAAAAAAUAAAGUCAAACGAUCGCACAUACUAUUAGAUUCGUCAAUCAGAAUCUCAUGCGCUUAGAUUUGCCUCUGCAUACACAUGUAAUCCAAUCUCUCUCUACUGAUACAUGUUUCCCGUUCUUAUAGCUCAAUUCAAGUCACUGAACUGCUUUCUCUCUCUCUAUAAACCCCAAGCUCUGUUCCAACCCCUCAAAUCAAUCUCUUCGACCUCUGCCCAAAAACCAAAAUGGAACUCACAGAGCAGUUUCAUGAUCACCAACCCAACUCUGUUAAUCAUGGAGUCGUGCAAUUCCAUGUUCGAAUUGAAGCAAAUUCAAGCACAAAUGACUCGAACUGGCCUUAUUUUUCACCUCUUUCCUCUAAGCCGAGUGAUAUCUUUUUGUGCACUCUCCGACAAUGGCAACAUAGAUCAUGCACAAGUGCUCUUCAACCAAAUUCCAGAACCCAAUGUUUAUAUAUGGAAUACAAUGAUCAGGGGGUACUGCAAAGCUCAAUUUCCUGAAAUGGGUUUCUCUUGUUUUCGCAGAAUGGUUCGGGAAUGUGUUGAAAUGGACAGCCGAACCUUCGUCUUUGCGCUCAAAGCGUGUGAGCUGUUUUGUGGAUUCAAAGUGAGCGAAUCAGUCCAUUGUCGAAUUUGGAAGGUGGGUUUUGUUUCUGAUUUGCUUGUGCAAAAUGGGUUGAUUCAUCUUUAUGCAAAUCGUGGGUGUUUGAAUCAUGCGCGUUUGUUGUUUGAUGAAAUUACCGAGAGGGAUGUUGUAUCUUGGACCACAAUGAUUGACGGGUACGCGCAGAAGAAUAUGCCACACGAGGCUUUGAGGCUCUUUGACUUGAUGCUGUCAAGUAGUGUUGAACCUAAUGAAGUUACUAUGAUCACAGUGCUUUCGGCUUGCUCUCAGAGUGGGGACUUAAGUUUAGGGAAAUUUGUUCAUGAGUAUGUAGAAAAGAUGAAUGUGAAAUUUAGUCUAAAUUUGAUGAAUGCCAUGUUGGAUAUGUAUGUAAAAUGUGGUUGCUUGAUCACUGCCAGAGAGAUUUUUGACACGAUGAAAGCUAGGGAUGUUUUCUCAUGGACUAGCAUGAUCAAUGGUUAUGCCAAAAAUGGGGAGAUAGAUUUGGCAAGAAAGUUUUUUGAUGAAAUGCCAUACAGAAAUGUGGUGUCUUGGAAUGCAAUGAUUGCAGGAUAUUCACAAAACAAUCAACCAAAGGAAGCUAUAGAACUUUUUUAUGACAUGGAGAAAGCUGGUUUGGUUCCUAUAGAGAGCACUUUGGUAUCUGUACUUUCUGCUUGUGCUCAAUCGGGGUGCUUGGAUUUGGGACAAUGGAUUCAUCAGUAUUAUGUUAACAAAAAAAGGAUUCAACUUAGUGUAAUUCUAGCUAAUGCAUUUAUAGACUUGUAUGCCAAAUGUGGGUUGAUUGAUGCGGCUGCAGAGCUUUUUAAUAAAAUGCCGGAGAGAGAUUUGGUGUCUUGGAAUUCCAUGAUUGUUGGAUGCGCUUCUCAUGGGCAUGCUAGAAAUGCCCUUACCCUUUUUGAGCAAAUGAAAAGUAUGGGAUUCAAGCCUGAUGAAAUCACGUUUGUAGGUGUCUUGUCAGCUUGCAGUCAUGGUGGAUUGGUUACUCAAGGCUGGGAAUAUUUUACAAACAUGGAGAAGGUUUUCGGGUUAAAGCCAAAACUGGAACAUUAUUCAUGCAUGAUUGAUUUACUUGGUCGAGUUGGUCUCCUUGAUGCAGCUUAUGAAUUGAUAAAAGAAAUGCCAAUGGAACCCGAUGAAGUUGCUUGGGGUGCUCUCCUGAAUGCAUGUAGAAUCCAUGGGAAUGUUGAACUGGGUAAGCUUGCUGGUGAAAAACUUCUACGCUUGAAUCCUAAAGAUAGUGGUAUCUAUGUGCUCCUUGCAAGUAUUUGUGCUAAUGACAGAAGAUGGGUUGAUGUGAGGACGGUUAGGAGUAUGAUGAGAGAGAGGGGUAUUAAGAAAACUCCUGGACGUAGCUCAAUAGAGGUGGAGGGUAUGGUUCAUGAGUUUUUGGUUGCAGAUGAAUCACAUCCUCAAUCCAAAGAUAUAUACCAAGUGUUGAAUGAAAUGACAUUGCUGUCAAAAAUGGAAGAUUAUGCACCAGAGAUACUGCCGGAUCGAUGUACUUUAAUGAGCAGCGUGUUCAUUCCACAAUCUACUCAGAGGCUUAAGACUAUUCCAUUGAAGCAAGGAUGAUGAGUGCUAUAUGGUGUGAUGGGGGUGCAGAUAUAUAAUAAGCAGAAAGGCGACAAUAUGAAAGAGUGUUGCAACUUCAGGCAACACAUACCAUCUAAAAACACUGCAUUUUCGCAGUGUGUGUGUGACAAAAGAAAAUGCACCCUGGUUAUUUAAGCACAAAGUUGAUCAAAUGAAGAGUGUUGUAAUUCAAACAGACAACAUACCAACUUAGAGCAUUGUGCCUUUCGUGAGAAUAUGUGGAAGAGGUGGAAUCCUAACCUUGUAUACUGCUUAACAAGAAAAACAUGUUCCCAUGUUUAUCCUCAAAGUAAAUGUGUUUGCAUUGUUGUUGCGUUUUCGAAGUAGUGUGUUGAGUAUGUAGAGGAUCUUAAUGUUAUUUAAACUCGUGUCAAGACUAUUGUUGAACACAUUAAAAUUUUGCGAAUUGAACAUAUAUUUCAUAGAUUGAA